AUGGCUCUUCUAAUAAAACGUCUAGUCUAUGCGACCCCACUUGCACUCGCCGCCGCCGCCAGCACCGUGCCUACGGUGACGCUUGACGAAGGCACCAUCGUCGGCACGAGCGACGGUUUCCUCGAUCAAUUCCUCGGAAUACCUUUCGCCCAGCCACCGGUGGGAAAGCUGCGACUCCAGCUACCCGUGCCCGUGUCGCCGUACAGCGGAAUAGUCAAUGCGACCGCCAUUGGAAAUCAAUGCUUCCAGCAAGCCCUGCCCGCGCCACCGGUUCCCAGCGGUGCUCCAUCAGAGAUCGGACAAUUUCUUCAAGCUAUUACUGCAAGCGAAGGUCCUGGCGCAGGUCCCCCUCAGAGCGAAGAUUGCCUUAAUAUCAACGUCAUUGUCCCCUCAGGGACCCAGGCGGACGCCAAGCUCCCUGUAGCAGCCUGGAUUUACGGAGGCGGAUUUCAAGUGGGAUCCAAUGUCUUGGAGCCAGGCGCGGUCGUCGCCAACCGCUCUGCUGGGAUCGGGCUGCCUGUCAUUUUCGUUGCAAUGAACUACCGGCUGAGUGCGUUUGGGUUCCUGGGUGGUAAGGAGGUCAAGGAGGCCGGUGUGGGCAACCUUGGUCUUCAAGAUCAGCGAGAAGCAUUGCGCUGGAUCCAGAAGUAUAUUUCGAACUUUGGAGGUGACCCUACCAAAGUUACGAUCUGGGGCGAGAGCGCGGGUGGUAUAUCCGUCGCACAUCAAAUGGCCGCGAACGGCGGAGACACGGAAGGGCUCUUCCGCGCGGCAUGGAUGGAAUCUGGCUCUCUCUACUCCAACGGCGACAUCGAAGAGCUGCAACCCACGUUCGACUUCAUCGCCUCCGAGGCGGGUUGUGCGUCUGCGGAGGAUCCCCUUGCCUGCCUUCGCGAAGUCCCUGCGGAGGUGAUUGUGAACGCUAUGGACAAGACGUCGACGAUCUUCUCGGCCGAUUCGCUCAACAUACCGUAUUUCCCCCAUGUCGACGGCGUGUUUAUCAAGGGCAACACGGAGAAUCUCACAAUCGAUGGCAAGAUCGCCAAUGUUCCUUUUAUAAAUGGCGCGAACGAAGAUGAAGGAACUCUGUUUUCUCUCGCCCCCCUUCCUAACGUCACUACUGAAGAGGACUUCGCGGAGUUCGUGAAGAACAACUACUUCCCUCGCGCCUCGAACGAGACCAUCGCACGCAUCCUGGAGCUAUACCCCGCUGACCCUGCCGCGGGCUCGCCCUUCGGCACUGGGGACCAGUUCGCCUUCAACCCGGUCUACAAGAGGCUUUCUGCUUUCCAAGGAGAUCUGAUUUUCCACGGGCCGCGUCGGUUCAUGCUCGAGCAGCUCUCCGGAAAGCAGGUUGCGCGAUCGUAUUUGAGUGAGCGGAGCAAGAUCCCUGGGCUCGGCGCGGCGCACUCCACCGAGCUGGGCAACAUCUUCGGCCCAGGGGACAUGACGGACUACUUCGUCCGCUUUGUCCACACACUCAACCCCAACAGCCCGCCCGGGAACUUCUACUGGCCUGAGUACACUCCGGGGCUGCCGCAGCUGCUCACGUUCGUAGACGGGAAUGUGUCGUUGAAGGUUACUACGGACACGUUCCGCGAGGGGGCGAUCCAGUUCUUGACAGACCUCAGCCUUGAGCAGCCAUUCUGA